CCGCGUCAGCGCCAGCCGUGUGGCUCUACUGCAGCUAAGCGACGCCACAGCAUCAAAAGUGGUUAUACUAUCAUGGGGCAGAGCCGAGGAGAGUGCGCCAGGUGGCGUGGUGUGGCGUUGGUGCUGCUGCUAGUGUGCCACGAGGCAGAGUGCGCUGCCACGCGGCGGCGCUACUUCAACUGGCGCGGCUUCCUGAAGUGCAUUGACAACCGGUCGUGGAUGCUGCUCUCCCUGGACGGAGCCUGCGUUGCACUCAUCAUGUACGCCACCUACCGCACCAUGCUUAACCUGGAGUGCCCAAACUGUGACCUCUACUUCCACUGCCGCGCAAACUACAACGCACUGCGCUGGUGCCGCAAGACGAAGCGGUCGAAGGAGAUGAACGCCCUGAUUGGCGGCUGCCAGAACUUAUCGAAGCCGGGCAGGACGCCCGAACAGAAGGCCGCCGAGGAGAGAGCCCGCCAGGACGGCAGGGAGCAGAAGAACUGCGCCAGCAUGUACCUCUCCAAGGCGGGCUGCUCGUACGAUCCCGACACGCGCAAGUGCAUGGCUUUGCGGAAGGUUUAACUGGCGACUUACUCCUUGUUUGUAAAAAGAAUGAAGCGCUUGUAGCGACGUCGGGGCGAGUGGGCUCCUCCCAGCCAAAAGCUCACCACCACACAACCACACUCUAUUAUCACGUGACAACUAGCGCUGCAGCUGCUGCGCCAGUUGUCAUAGAGGGCACGUGGAAGACUCUCCGAAGCGCUGCGCCAGUUGUCACGUGAUAAUAAAGGGCGAGCUUCGGGCUGGGCAGAGCCUAUGCAUCGCUACAAACGCCUCAGUACGUCGACGGCGCCUACCGCUGUUUACGAACAUGCAAUAGGUCUAUAGCUAGACGUGAUUUUAUGUCCACUGUGGGUACUGACUAUGGUUUAGAGAAUAAUAAUAUGGUGGUGCAACAAAAAACAACACGGCAGUGAAAUAAGAAUACGCGGCAGCACCGACAGCACCCUCAAUACGCACGAAUUACCGUUAAUCGACGAGAACAAGUGAUAUUUACCAGGUCAUACAGUCACAUUGCUAGGCGCGAAGAGAACGCACACUUGCCAAUAAUAAAGUUCAACUAUUUCUGUGUGAGCGUCUAAUAAAGUUACGCCUAAUAAUG